AUGUCGAGCUCUCUGCCUGAACCAAUGUACUCUAUUCAAGAGGUCUCAGGUAAGGGAAAAGGACUCAUCACCACACGAACAAUCCCUAUGGGCACAUGUAUCCUUGCCGAAGAGUCCAUCAUCAGGAUCCCGGAGGACGCUUCUGAUACAGCAGUCUUGCGAUCAUCUAUACGCAAACAAGUCGAAGCGCUCACUGCAACUAAACGAGAAGCUUUUCUCUCCAUGCACAAUAUCUAUGCCAACGACGCUACCUCGCCACACCUAGGAAUAAUCCGAACAAACGCUCUACCCUUUGGAGAUUCUGUACGAGAAGCUGGGAUAUUCAUAAAUGCGUGUCGCAUCAAUCAUGCCUGCGAUAACAACGCGCAAAAAGGCUGGAACGAGAACAUCAAACGCCACACCAUCUAUGCAAAACGAGACAUUGAAUCGGGUGAAGAAAUCACAAUUUUCUAUCUCGGGGUCCUCAACAAGCGCGAAACUCGACAGCAGAGAUUGCGCAGCAAAUUCGGAUUCACGUGUGCAUGUCAUCUCUGCUCCCUACCUCUCGAUCAAAGCAAAGCGAUUGAUCGCAAGCUCGAGGAAAUCCUCAAGCUCGACGAGCUCAUCAGCCAAGAUGGCAUGAUGGGAAUCCUCUCUGUCCCCUUACUUAAAUUCCGCUACGUGGAUCAGCAGAUUCGUCUGUACAAUGAACUAGGACCCAAUGAUACCGGUCUCCCCAGAGCCUUCUACGACGCGGCGCAAAUCUGCAUCGCGAAUGGCGAUUUAGCCCGCGCGAGGAUUUUCGUGGAGAAAGCGGUGAGUGGAUGGACGGUUCUUGGGGGUGAGGAGAGUCCAAGUGUGGUGCAGUAUAAAGCACUGCUGCGAAAUCUGGAAAAGCAUGAGCUGUAUGGGUUGUCGAAGCAGUGGAAGACGGCGGUGAAUGAGGUUCCGACGGGGCUUGAAGAGGAAAAGUGGGAGAAGUGGUUGUGGAGGAGGAAGAAGAAGACUAAGAGGGCGGGAAAAGCCUCAGUUGUGGCCCUAGAUGAGAGUAACUAG